CGUUGCCCUAACAAAACGUUCUCUUUGACUAGAGUGCAAUCACAUCAAUUCCAGUCCCAUUCAUUGAAUGCCAAACCAGUGGAUUGAAACCUCAUUUCUAUAGCGUGCCAGCUCAAAAUAAUGGAAAAGAUUGGUUUGGUCAAAAAGUGGUGCAUAAAAUUGCAGGUGGGUGGAUGUGAAAUGGUCACCCAUGAGCAAGUCUUUUAGAGUCAAUGGCGCCCGCCAUUUAUGCAGAGUAAUGAAUGGAUGAGAAUCACAAGAUUGUGGGUAUCAUUUAAGACGUGCUAAUAUGCUGUUCAAUUGGGUCAAGUUGGAUUUGGUGUUUAUGCGUUUGGAAUUCAAAUGGGGACGUUCUGUUGUACGUAAGAUGUUUAUUAAAACCUAAUUCUUAUAUAAUAAACUUCAAUGUGCACAGCGAAGUCAAAUUUGUAUAAUUACUUUGUUGACAUGGUAAACGUUCUGCUAAUGUGCAAUGGCUGAGGAGAUCAAUGUUCAUUGACAACGUAUAUCCAUCCACUCAGAUUCAGUGUAUUGGAAAAUUUGUUUGUUUAUAAUUGUCGCCAUGAUAAGAGGAGAUUUGUGUAGGGUAGUUGUCUAACCAGAAAUAGCAAGCAAGAACGAAGAAAAUUUGAGCUGUGGGUUCAGAAACAGAAAGAUUAUGGAUCCUAAUGUGGAAGUGCCAUCCUACUUUAGAUGCCCAAUAUCAAUGGAGCUCAUGAGGGAUCCUGUGACUGUUUCUACAGGGAUGACAUACGACAGGGAGAGCAUUGAGCAUUGGAUUUACACAUGCAACAAGAGGACGUGCCCUGCUACCAUGCAAGAACUCCAGAAUUUAGACAUGAUACCUAAUCAUACCCUGCGCCGCCUUAUUCAGGGGUGGUGUGUGGCCAAUGGCUCAAAAGGGGUGGACCAGAUUCCAACUCCAAGGCCACCUAUUGAUUCUCUGCAAGUCACAGAUCUGCUCCAAAAGGCGGCUAGAUCUAAGCCUUUUCAAGCAAUCAAUGCUCUCAAGAAGCUCCAGUCUCUUGCCAGGGAAAAUGAGAGGAAUAAAAGAUGCAUUGUGGCGGCUAGACCUUGGCCUAUUCUUAUAUCUCUUCUUGAUGAUUUUUAUUUAGAGUCUCGAGAAGAGAUUGAGAAUGAAAACUCUAAAAUCUGUGAGGAGGCUUUGGGGAUUCUUUAUCUCCUUCCGGUGACACUGGAAAUGGCAAGGUUGGUAUUGGACCCCAUGACCAUGAAAUCCCUGGGAUUGAUUCUGCAGCGAGGAAAUGGCCAGGCAAGAUUGCAUGCAGUCAAGCUGUUGCAGAACGUUGCAACGCAGAGGGUUGAUUGGGAAAUCAUUGUUAGGCAAAAUAUUGAUGUUUUGCAUCGAUUGGUGGAGAUUUUGAGAGAUGAGCUUUGUCACCAGGCUACCAUGGCGGCCUUGGAUGUUGUGAAGGCCAUGUGUAGUGAGUCGAGAAGGAAUAAGCUUAAGGCUGUGGAAUCUGGUCUAGUUUUUGUUUUGAUUGAGCUUCUGCCAGAGGCUGAGGGGAGAAAGGCUGAGAAAAUCUUGGAUUUGUUAGAUAAGUUGCUUGCCUGUGCUGAAGGGAGGGCUGCCAUGAAUGAUCAUGCCAUGGGUAUUGCUGCUGUGUCGAAGAAGAUUAUGAGGGUUUCUGAAUCUGGGACCAGGAAAGCUGUUCGAAUCCUCUGGUUGGUCUCUAGUUUUUGGUCCAGUACUUCUCUUGUUCGUGAUAUGAUUCAGUUUGGAGGUGUGUCGAAGCUCUGCAUGGUGCUCCAGAUGGAUGGGGCGGUCAAGACCAAGCAGAAGGCCAAAGAGGUACUCAAAUUGCAUGCAAAGAGCUGGUGCAAUUCUCCUUGUUUUCCUUUGCAUUUAAGAGAGUAUAUUUCCAUGUAACAGAGAAAAGUUAGAGCAAUCUGACUGUUUUGAAUGCAGUUGUGAAGCUAAAACCUAGGUUUCCACUGUUUUUUAUAGUUUUUCUGUCGAAAAGCAUCCAACUAGUUGAUUCAAAACUUCUUUGAUAAA